UAUUUUAUUUGUUUAUUUUUUAUAUUAUACUUAUAAAAUUUUAUUUUCAAUUUAAUAAUAUAAAUAUAUGAGAGGAAAGAGAUACGAUCUGGGGAGCCUCUUCAAGAGUGGAUGCUCUCGUCCAGACGUCCGUACGCCGUUCACUUCAUCUUCGUUGUACAAGAAGAGUUUUUUAUCGGAAACGAACGGCGGGAAGCGAAUCAGUGACCGGCAACAGAAUCAGAGAUUUUCUAGCGAGAUUCAGUCACAGAAACUGCUAAAGAUCUUUUCGGAAUGAAAGGAGUUGCUAACUUUGGAUUUGCCGUCUCUUCAGAACUAAGCAUGAAAAGAGAUAAAUGGGAGACCAAAAGUAGUCGUUGAUUUGUUAUAUUAUGUAUAGUGUAGCACAGGAGAAAAUAACUCUUCCUAGCACGAAGGGACCUUUCAUCGGUUGCCAUGGAUACAGUUUCUUGUGCCCCCUGUUUCAUUACGCAAAAGCAGGUUUUCUCUGUUGAUCUGCGGAAGCUGCACCUCUCCUACAAAUACAAUGUUUGGCAUCAAAGAACGCGUUGUUUUCAGAGAAGGCAAGGGUUGCAAGGCACUGUUCUUCUAAGCAACCAUGAGAGAAGUGACCAUUCUUUGGUUGUACCCAAUGCUGGAGACAAAAAAACAAUUCGGAGGUCGGGGAAGAAGGAACAUCACUUAUGGAAAAAGAGGGAUUCUGCUUGUUCAGGACAAAAAGCUCUGAAUCUUGUUCAAACUCAAUCAAUCUGGCAGAUUUCUGGACUUCCAAAUGAAAAGGCUGCCGUUUACGGUGCACUAGAUAAGUGGAUAGCUUGGGAGACUGAAUUCCCAUUAAUUGCUGCAGCAAAGGCUUUGAAAAUAUUGAGGAAGAGGAAUCAGUGGAAACGAGUAAUUCAAGUGGCCAAGUGGCUGUUGAGCAAAGGCCAGGGUGGUACAAUGGCAACAUACGAUGCCCUUCUACUUGCCUUUGACAUGGAAAAAAGGAUAGACGAAGGAGAAACACUAUGGAACAUGAUUUUACAUGCACAUAACCGAUCAAUCUCAAAGAGGCUGUUUUCUAGGAUUAUAUCCUUGUAUUAUCAUAACAAUAUGCCAAAUAAAGUUAUAGAGGUAUUUGCUGAUAUGGAGGAGCUGGGCGUGAAGCCGGAUGAAGAUACUGUGAGAAAAAUUGCAAGAGCCUUUGAGGUAUUAGGUCAAGAGGACAAGCAGAAGUUAUUCUUGAUGAAAUACCAAUCUAAAUGGAAAUACAUCCAUUUUAAGGGGGAGAGGGUUCGUGUGAGAACUUGAUUUAUGGAUAUCAUGUAUUAGCUACUGCUGUUAGAUGGUUUAAUCUAAAUGUAUUUGAUUGGUAAAUGUCCAUACAUUUGAAGGGCAACCUACGAUUUUAUGAAAACUAAAAUUACAGGCUUUUAGAUC